AUGGAGGUAACCACAGCGAAAGCCCUAUCAAUGCUGGCUUUAGGAGUAGGUAGCUUUAUAACGGGAAUGCUACCAGCUUCGUUCACUGAAGGAGCGAGACGAAAGCAUCCUCUAUUAAUUUCUACUCUUCUGUGCUUCGGUGCGGGUGUUCUUCUUUCAACAUCUUUGCUCCACAUGCUCCCCGAAGCGAGAGAGAAGCUACCUUUGCAUUCCGAACUGAUGUUAUGUGUAGGUUUCUUUCUUGUUUAUUUGGUUGACGAGAUCGUCCACUUGUUUUACGGUGGCAUGGGCCACGGUCCUCAUCCUAACCCGGGAUAUGGGAGCGGUGAGCAGACAACCCUUCUAACGAGAGGUUUGAGAGGCAACGAUGGGGAGAUGGAUAGAUGCUGUGGGGAUACAGGGACCCAAAGAAUGUGCCAUGUGAGCCACACACCACCGUGCAAUAGAAGCUCGUCCGGCGUCAUUGGACUGCUGUGUGCAUUAUUCGUGCACAGCCUUUUAGAAGGUUUGGCUAUCGGUUUGCAAGAGACAACAGCUCAGGUUCUGCUGCUCCUGGCUGCAGUAGCUAGCCACAAGUACGUAGUUGGCUUCUGUCUUGGUGUGGAGCUCUGCGCGACGUUUGCUGGUCGUCUGUGCAUGCAUAUCACAUGCAUACUGCUGUUCAGUGGAGGCUCGGUGGUGGGGAUCGGGAUCGGGGCUGGCGUGGAUUCCAUCGGCUCGAUUAAGGACUCCAUCGCGGUGCCUAUUAUGCAGGCACUUGCGGCCGGCACGCUCCUAUAUGUGACGGUGAGCGAAGUGCUCCCGCGGGAGCGGGCGACGUGGCACGAGCGGAAACGGAUAGCGGGCAUAGCACAAUUGGCUGCAGUGACCGUCGGCUUCGCGCUGAUGUACUUGACUACGACUUACUUAGGUAAGUAG